AUGCUCACUUGGCCUGAUAGUUUCCUGAGGAAGGAGAAUGCACUCCAUACAGAUGGGGAUGUUAAGGGCAGUUUCUCCGCGUUCCUACUUGGCAUUGUUUACUGUUUCAACUGUUUAGAAUCUAGAGGAUCAGGCUGUUGGUUUCAGUUACAGCUCACCUCAUUCACUAGAAACUUCCACUGUGAUCAGACCUUUUCAAGAAGUUUAGACAAGGCAAGUUGCCACGAGAAAGAUGUUGGAGGUGUGAUUUGCAGGUCAUGCAAUCUCUCCAUCCCAUUCCAUGGAUGUCUGAUAAACCUUGGAACAUGCAGAACAAAGCCUGGUCAGUUUUGUAUAAAAGAGAACUUUGCUAAAGGUGGAAUCCAGUGGUUUUCAGUUAAAGGCUGCACUGAGGACAAAUCGGAGUGCUUCAAGAGGGUGGUAAAGCACUACGAAGUCCGCUCUUCUCAUUGCUGCCACCGACCGCUGUGCAACUUCUGA